CAAAAACAGUAUCUAUAUCUCUUCCUGUUAAAAUAGGUUGUUCGUUCGUUUCCAAGCAAAAUAGGGCUUCAUCUAAAACAGUUAUAAAUAAGAAAACUUAAUACUAAUACGCGUUGGUCACAUUAUGUAGGACCGAUAGAAUUAUAUUCCAAUUUACUCACAAGAAACUAGAAGUUGAAGAAAAUCAGAGCAUGCAUCACACAUAUUUAUAGUUUUAAGGAAGCUUCUGAUAACUUUGAAGCUUAAUUACGUCGACAAUAAAAAUUUAACAAAAAUAGAUACGAUGGGUGAUCACAGUAUCCAGUUGCAUGGAGAACAGUUAACUCCAACAAAUAUUUAUAUUCCUCAAGUGGAAAGCGUACCUGAAGAAUUAUUUAGAAGAUAUACGGAUACUGAUUCGAGGCCACAAACACCUGCACCGACUUUAGUAAGUGGAAUCACUAGGCUGUCAACUUCAAGGACACGAAGAUGUGUUACUCCGGACCCCGUCCCCACCUGCCAAGUCAAAGAAAAGACACGAUUAAUACUUGAUUUGAGGCGUAGUCACAGCCAGGAAAAUUUAUCAAUAUACGGAAGUUCGUCAUUUUAUCCAGACCUUCCAAAAUUUCAUACGCAACUUCCAAGUAGUUCAACUAGUGUAGAGGAAUUAAAGCCAAAUAGUUUUAAUAAACAGCCAAAUUCAAAAAGACCUGUUAGUGUAAAAAAGAAAGAAAAUGCACUAGAUCAAAACAAUCUAACUAAGAAUGCACAAGUGGAAGACGAUGACGAUGACGAAGAUGAAGACAAUGACGAAUUUAUUAAAAGACGUGGAAAAAGAAGACGCAAGAAAACACGAGAUUCUUCAAGAUGUCCAAUAACAUAUCAAGCAUCUGUGGAACCAGAAACUCAAGUAGCAGCUAUAGGUCCUGAUUCUCACAAUGCCAGUACGAGGCAUUCUUUGGCUCCUGAUGGAUGUUUUCCGACAGAAUUUCCUCAAGAAGAAGUAAAGAAACUUAGAACUGUAAAAACUUCAGAUAAUUAUGAAAUAGACUCGUAUUUACCUAACGAAAUUUUGAAUCAAUUACGACGAGAAUUAGACGAUGUCACUGUUGAUAGUGAAUUAAAUUCAACGAAAAGAAAAGCUUUAGAAGAAGCUCUAAAGGCAGUUUUAAAAGACAAACCUGCAUGUGAUGAAUUAAUCUUUUUGAAGAAAGAAUUGAAAAUUCCGCCUGUUAAUUCUGAUCUUUGGAUAUCAUUGCCGAGAACAUUUUCCAGAUCGAAUGCAAUCUUUCAAUUACCAAUGGAUAGUCAAACUUUUGCUGAAAUGUCUCCAUUAGAUUAUGUCGAGAAUAAUGUUAAGAUAAUAUCAUCAAGAAAACUUUUGUAUAAUUGUAUUUUCGAGAAAUAUAAAUUGGAGAUAGAAGAAGAAAAUGAGCUCCACAGACAACUUGAUCAAAAGGUAUUCAAGGAUUCUUUAGAUUUAGUAAUUGGUCAUUCUUUGACAGAAGAUCAAUUUAAUUACAUUAAAACACUGCUAGAAUGGAAAGAAGAUAUUGUACUGAGUUUUAAAAUGUGCUGUGGAAUAUUUGCACUCUGUGAAAGAAUUUUGUCACCACAAUUUUGUGAACUACCUAAUAGGAAAGAAGAUCCCUGUCAUGAGAUAGAGACUGCAGAUUUUGAAUUUUUAGAACAAAAAUUGGAAAAAAUUGAAAUUAGUGAUAAUUUAAAAACAAUUCUAUUACAUUUGAAAUACUUUUAAGUAUGUGAAAUGCACUUAUUUACAAAGUACAAAAGUGUAUAAGGCCACACAAAAG